AUGCGACCCCUGCCCCUUCGUGUUCCGCCCGCCGUGGAACACGUCGAACCCCAUCCUCUACAGCAGCCAGUCUCACUGAAUCGCUGUUUCCGAUCUUCCCGCGCGAUUUCUUACGUCAAUGGUCAACGUUAUGCUCGGAACUCUGUGGACGAUGUCGCCUACGGCGUCGAAAAUAUCAGAUUGGGCACACAAAAUACACCGCCUGCGACUCCCACUCCGCACACUUACCUUGAUCCACGGUCCCCAAGCCCCAACACGCCCCAUGAGGCGGCGACUCGCAGCCCACGAUCUGCUUCCCGUCGUCGGUCAGGCUCUCAUGUUGAUCUGACUCAUAAAGUUGCAGAGGAAGAACCCCCACCGUCGCAGUUCCACGCGCCAGAGUUUCAGCGAGAGUUUGGCCACGCACGUAACCUUGUGAAUCAUUUGGUCAAUGUUCUUGCAAGCUCAUCACUGCACAACGAAACUCAGUCUGGUAUAGGCGCCCUCUACCAGCAGGCUGUCGCGCUGAGUCGCUUCCAGAAGCCCUCGACUCGUACCGUGGGCUUGGUAGGAGACCAGGGGGUCGGGAAAAGCAGUGUCCUGAAUUCACUCUUAGACUUCAAAAGCUUCGCUCGAUCGGGUAACAAUGGGUCGGCGUGUACUUGCGUUGCAACUGAAUAUCAUUACCACGAACAUGCCGAUUUCGCCAUCGAGGUCGAAUAUUUCACUUUGGAUGAGCUUCAGGACCAAUUGACUGAGCUGCUACAAGCAUACCGACACUAUCACCUCCCUGAAUCAAAUGAAAAGCAGAGCGAUCUGGAAGAGAAAGCCAAGGUCGCUGAAGACACAUUCAGGGCUGCCUUUCGCAGCCAUCGCACGUAUAAUGAGGAAUUCCUUCUCGACAAUCCCGAGGCAACGGUGCUCCAGACAUUACUGACGUGGGCCAGGAAUUCGGGCUUGCCUCUAAGAGACACGCCAGGCGCGGGCCCAGAGAUAGAAUUCUUCAACGAAGCAGAACAAUGUUCUGAUCGCUUGGUCGAGAUUACCUCGGAGCCAAACUCUUCGAAUGAAGCCUCCGCCUGGCCGUUCAUUCGGAAGAUAAAAGUCUACCUGAAUGCCUAUAUCCUGAGCAAGGGCCUUAUUCUUGUUGACCUCCCAGGCCUCCGAGACCUCAACUCAGCUUGGCUCAGGAUCACCGAGAGAUACCUGCUUGAAUGCGACGAGAUUUUCGCCAUCUGUCCCAUCGGGCGCGCUACCACCGAUGCCAGUGUCAGGGAAGUAUUCGAGCUUGCAAGGCAGGCGUCCUUGUCCAGAGUUGGGAUCAUUUGCACAAAGUCCGAGGAGAUACAAGCAGACGAAGCUCAGCGAGAGUUUGGUGCAGAGGCUGGAACAUACAUAAAGAAGCUGAGGGACAGAAGAGAGGAGAUGCAGGAAUCACUGGAGGAAAUUGAGCGCAGAAUAAGUGACCUCAUCAUUGAUACUGAUACUGAAGCCGAGGGUGAUAAAGAAGAGCGCCGGAAGCUUGCGCGACUCCAGAGAGCUGCUAGUAAGUCGAGGAAAUCGCUCGAACAAGUACAGUUUGAAUUGAAGACUUUCCUCAUCACUACGCGCAAUCAGAAAGUCACAGCCGAGAUUCGAGCAGUCUACGAGAGUCGCAUGCCCCAGGGAAACCUGCCAGUGUUUUGCGUCAGCAACCGCGAGUACUGGGAGCAUCGAAAGAAACCAGCAGGGGAGGCCAUGCCCUUCCUUCAUCUCUCUGGCAUCCUGGAAGUCCGAAAGCAUUGCCUUUCCGUUGUUGCCGAGAGCCAGCUCCGGACGGCGGUCGAUUACAUGGUCAAUGCCAUUCCAGGGCUACUGGGUUCUGUCGAGCUCUGGGUUCAGUCCGGCGUGCGAGACCUAAGCUCCGGAGGAAAGCAAGCUGUUCGAGACACCAUAGAAAGGAUCGAAAAGGCGUUAUACAACUUGAACUUGUCAAAAUCUCCUGUCAAUGCCAGUGCGCGGACAAUGGAACGGGAAUUCAAGACACGGAUAGCUCGUAUCAUGAAACAACACUCCAAAACUUGGUGCAAAGCUGCAGAGAACGCCACAAUAGAAUGGCGAGGAUGGAGUUCUGGCACUUUCUCUGCCUUUUGUCGGAAAUACGGAGAUCACCACACAACCACAAUAGGAACCCGCCACUGGAACGAGGAAGCGAUCGAGGCGAUGGUCACUCAGCUGGCAACCCCAUGGCAAACCUUGCGGCAAAAUCUUCGAGACCUGCAGUUCCAUCUGCUGGAAACAAUCAACGAUUGCUUCAAUCGCUCCAUAGCUAUAUCUAUUGAAGCCGAAACCACGGCAGACUCACUGCCGACGUUGACCAAGAACAUAGAGCACAGACAUGCCCUUCUCGUUGCUAAGGUAGAGAAGCUAGAAGACGAUUUCGAGCGUGGUUUAUCUAUUCUUCAGACGGAUGCGUUUUCCGGGAUUCACAGCUCGUUCAUCGGCCAGCACAUGAAACCUUCAUACGACAAGACCAUCCUUCUAAGCGGCACCGGGAGCGACAUUCAACGCAAGAGAAUCAUUCAAGAGGCGUUUAGCGACGACCAGCUGUUCGUGUGCCAUCGCCAGCAACUCCAAGACAGAUUCUGCGCCCUGGCGCGUGACUUGCAAGACGAGAUCCAGGAUGCCAUUGCCAGGCACCUCGCCGAUGUCCAGAGCGACUUGGAUAUGCUGAAGAACACCCACGUGGCCCUGGAGAGCGAACAGCAUUGCGAGUUCCGCCGACGGGUGGAAGACACGGUGCAGAAUAUCAGACAGGAGAUGGAGGAGAUUCACGCUGUCGUUGCUCCUUCUGAGCCCCUGGCAGUUACCUGA